UGAGCCGGCAGACUGCACUGCGGAGCCUGGCGCCAGCAUGGAGGGGGUGGACGUGUGGGCCAGCACCUUGGCCCAGCUGAUGGCCAAGAGGAAACCCCAGGACACCUGGGAGCUGCUGCCUGAGGAGAACCUGGCGUCGGGGCACAUGGAGAGCGGUGGUUUUCAGUACCGGCUAAGGGGGCUUUCCAGGCUCCAGUGCGGCCGCUGCCAGUGGGGCUGGUCCUCGGCUCACGUGCACAUCCUCUUCCACGUGUGGUUCGACGAGGCCAGCCGGCUGGGGCUGGUGAAGAUGCGGCUCUGGGGCCAGCGCUGCAGGCUGUGUCCGCCCGGCUCGCAGGGGGCCUGCCAGGCGAGUCUCCUCAACGUCCGGCUCUUCCUCAACAAGCUAGUCCUGUUCAUCCUGCAGAAGUGCUACGGGGAGAGCGUCAGCGCAGACCAGUGCCCCGAGAUCUGCUUCGGCGAGCGCUGUGAGGCCUGUGACCUGGGGGUUUGCUUCUUCCAGAAGCCCCCGGACCCAGCCUGGGGCCCCGAGGUCAAGAGCCCCAGCACCAUCAAGGGCAGGUACACCUUGUACGGGGGUGAGGGUCUGGCCACCGCGGCCGCCGGCCGGCAGCUGCUCACCCUUGGCAGCGGGCCGGUGGUGGACCGCGCCCGGGGCUACACCCCCAACUCCAUCAGCAUCCCCCUCUCCGUGUCCGACUUCAUCAGGAACCCCAUUUCCGAGAGCAGCAACUUCUUCAACCAAGAUGAUGACAUAGUCACAGUCCCUUUCUCCCUUGUGGAUGCGGGAGGGGACAGGGGGCCCGGCGCUGAUGCCAAGGGUGGUGUUGGCCCCCGGGGGGGCCCCCUCCCAGAGGCAGACCCCCGUGGGCCGCUUGUCAUUGGCAAGGGCUCCAUCCACCUGCCCACCAGUCCCACCUCCACGCCCAAGGGCAGAGGCCUCCCGGUGAGCAUCAGGUGCCCCGUCUUCCACGGCCGCGGCCUCCUCCUCAACAGCACCAAGCCCUUCCAGCUCAAAGGCUUCAUCUUCAAAGGCCGGGGCUCCAUCCCCCGCCCCACUGACACCAACCUGGGCCAGGGCGCCGGCCCCUGCAACAGCGGCCCCCGCGCGGCUGGGCGCAGCCCGACGCCGGUGUCCUACAUCAUCGGCCUCACGGAUGACGGAGAGGGCUCCGUCACCUUCCCCACGUCUUUGGCCGACAUCAUCAUACAGGAGGACUCCUUCCCCUUCAUCGACGGCUCUGUCACCUUCCCCUUCAUCUUUACUGACGAAGGCAAAGGCAAGGGUGCUUCCACCAGCAUCACCCGAGGCAAAGAGAAGGAGGGCGGGGGCCACGGUCCCGCUGUCGCAGGCCGGGAGCCCCUGCAGGGGCCCCAUGCCCGCAAGCCUGUCACCAUCAGCGAGGGCUCCGUCACCAUCCCCUUCUCCGUCUUCAACAUCAUAAAGCACUUGGUCUCUGGCUCCGGCUCAGGCGCCUCCCCGAGGAGUGGCCUGGCCCCCCGCGGCCCGCACCAGAAGAGGAGGCGGCCGCCGGCCAGGCUGGGCAAGCCCUGCUCCGAGCCCGGCUGGGAGGAGGACCCGUGCUGUGAGGACAGCUGCUGCAGGCCCCGCUUCGACCCCUACGAGGAAGUGUGGAUCUGGGUGUCCAUGACCGUCUGCAUCCUGUGGAUUAUGUACCUGUACAAGUUCAGCCCCUGACGGCCAGGGUGAGGCCGACAACCCCCCUCGGCUCCCCCCCGCCCCCGUGCUCCUCCAGCAGGGCCACCCAGGGCCGCAGAGCAACGGGACCCCUGCCCGCACCCCCAGGCUCCUGACCCCCACCCUGCCCUCCCUGAGCCAAGGCCUCUGAGGGCUGUCCGCACUCUCCCCUCCGCUUCACGCUUCUGUGUGUGUUCUGUCCUUGACAUGAGUCGUGGCUUCGUGGAUGUCCACACCAUGAUUGUCUGCCAAGCUGCCCACAUGUGCUCUAGGCGCUUGUCUGUGUGAGUGUUACAAUCCAAUAAAAUAAAAGUUAAAAGGAAAA